AUGCCACAGCCAAAAAUACUGGAUCCCAAGAAUGACUCCCGGUAUGGGUUAGGAGAGCCUCUCGCAGAUCCAAAGGACGCAAAGGUCGAGUAAGUCUUUGUCAAAGAGGAUCCAUACCCUCUCCUCUGCCUACUGCUAACCAGAAAGAAAAGUAUUGUAUUUGUUCACGGCCUCGGCGGCGAUCGGAUUGGUACCUGGACAGGAGUAGGCAAAGAUGCGGAUGGCAAAGAGUUCAAAGAGUUCUGGCCGAAAACUCUUCUCCCGGAAGCAUGCUCUACAGCACGCAUCUUGUCCUUUGGCUACAAUGCAUAUUUCGCGCACCUCUAUCAUUUAUUUGGACCAGAGGAAAUUGCAGAAGAAUUGAAAAUUGAUGAUCACUCCAAGACUUUAUUUACAAGUUUGAUUGGGUUGAGGGACAAUACUAAAACUGUGAGUCGAAUAUCCCGGCUUUUCAAAAGAUAAGAUACAUUUCCUACUCGAAGUGAAUUCUCCCUAUAAAAGCCUCUGUACGCCUAAUUUUCGAUUUUCUGUGGCAGCUGAACGAAAUGCAGCUUACUGAUAUGCCGUUAGUCUGAUCGCCCAGUCAUUUUCGUCUGCCACAGUCUUGGGGGCCUCGUAGUUGCCAGAGCGCUCUCCCAAAACUAUCGUGAUCUAGACGAAAAAAGUACCAAUCUAUCUUCAAUGACGAUCGGUACCCUCUUUCUCGGGACACUCUUCGCAGGGUCAGCUGCCGCCAAAUAUGGACAUCUUGCCGAGGGACUGUAUAGCCUCGUCAGUAGCACUCAAAAGUGACAACCUCAAGAACCUACAGAAACGCUCAGAAAGGCUAGCAACCAUCAACGAUGCAUUCGCAAAACUUCUCAGACCCAGAGAUCGCUCAGAAUCAAGAAACUUCAUCGAAGUUGCCACAUUCUUCGAGGAAUAUCCCGUUCGAAAGCUAGGGAAGAAAACGAUGACUAUAGUACCAAAGGAAUCAGCAAGCAUAUUUGGGUUCGAUCUCCAAUCCAUUGCCGCAUAUCAUAUGGAUAUGACAAAACUCGAGGGUUCUUAUGUUCCUGGGUAUAUAGAUGUUUCAAACAAGCUGAAGCAGUGGAUUAAGGGCUUGGAUAUGAGCAAAGAGCAAAGAAAGAAUGCCGGAUUAGUAUGUAUUUGUAAGAGCGAACCUCUCUGCUAAGCUAACAGGAUAUAAAGGGCAAUGCUGGCAAAAUUAAUAAUGUCAGUAUGAGUCAAUUCAAAGUUGACGGAGGGAACGUGAUUGGGGUUGCAGAACCAGGCGCAAACCCAACUGGAACUGCUUAUCAUGGUUCUGUUGGAUCUAUUGUAAGUGUUUUGGCCCUUCAGUCUGAGCUCAGUUGAUUGAAACUUGACUAAUCGAUUUCUUUUCUGCUAGAAUUAUGGGACCUCAGCUCCUUCAAAGGGGAAUAAUAGUGGGUAUUAAAUUCAUCGGAAUCGGAUACCUCCUGCAUGAUAUGUUAAUAGGUUCACUUACUAUGUUUUGAAUUCGAAGCGUUCUCCAACCAUAUAAUCAUUUCGGGUUUCCUUGUAUUUCUAACCAUUUCAUAUACUUAUCAUAGCCGAGACCUAUGAACUGUUGUCAGGUUGGAUGGUUGAUUC